GUUUGACCUUCAAGUGCUCGCAACCUUCGCCAGUGAACGGUACCCCUGGAGCGUUGCCCAUUCAAGGCCAUCAAAACGAAAAAGCGGGGAAGUCUGUAGAGUAGUAAUUUCAAUGAAAUCGUAAGAUGUAUUCAGUAAACAUUUGGAUUGUUUUAGUAUAUUCUUGUACUUUGAUUAUUCAAAAUAUUGUUGUGUCUUCAUUUAAUAUAACUUCAGAUGUAAUAUAUUGCAACAAUACAAGUUUAUAUCAAAUAUCAGUUAAGAAUCAAACACAUACAUUAUGGUAUUUAAUAUCUGCCAGUCAAAAUCAUUCGCCUUCUCUAAUAUUAAUAUACACUACUGAAAAAUCUAAAGUCAAUGUGGAUUGUUCCAAAUUUGAUGAUAAUAAUACAUUAAACUAUAGGCAUUCAGUUUCAGUUAAUAAUUCUAUCCAAUCUUACGGAUUAAUAUUACAUAGGAUAAUUCGUUAUCGUGAUAUAAAUGAUGAAACAAUUGCUCCUGACACAGGAAAUCAAACAGAAACAUUUUUAGGAAGUAAUUUAAACUGGAAAAAUUCAUCAUUUAAGAAUAACUCAAAUGAUGAUCAAAUCAGUAUCGAAUUCGAAGCUACACAAUCGUUAGAUUCUCAUGAGAAAAUAGACGGUGUUAUUAAAUUGAAUUUUAAAGUGUAUAAAACAGCGGAACCACGAUAUAAAGAAAUGUAUUAUAGAAUUGAGAAUGCUUUAAGUAUUUUUAUUGAAUUAAUAUUGGACAACGUGGAAGUAAUAAAUUCAAAUGAUAAUUUUUCACCUGUUCUAUUAAUUUUUUCCAAUCAUUCACUUAUGGACGAUUCAUAUUAUUGGAAUAAAACAACUAUUCAAAAAUAUUGUGAAGAUGGUCCUUUGGGCAAAAUAAAAUCACCAUUUAUCCAAUUGGGAUUGGAAGUAUCAAAAGAUAAUAAAUUAAUUCAAUCUACAUGGCCUAAUGCUUACUUACAAUUUCCUGCAGCUUAUUGGAUUGAUCGUGAAAAUACUCAAGCUCAAUUAGUACGACUUGGUAUUGCACGCCCAAUUGAUCAUCGUUAUGUUAAGCCAAAAUCAUAUCAUUUUAGUUUACCAUUCGCUUUCUACGGUGAUCGAUUUAAUCAAAUUCAUAGUCAGUCAACUGAAAAUCAAGUUGCUGUACGUGAAUUAAUUAUCAAUUUAGGCAGUCCUCAUUCGAAACAUUACUAUGCUGACACAAAUUAUUCAUCAUGGAUUGUCAUUGCCGGCCUAGGUGAUCCUGAUAUUGUACCACCAAAUGAUGAUGAUGAUGAUGAUGACAAAAAUAAUAGCAACAAAAAUUCAAUUAUUUCAGCGUUUAUUUGUGGAUUACUGAUUAUUAUUGGCGCAAUCAGUAGUGUUUCUGUAAUACGUCGAAUACAACGUAGACAUUAUCAAAGAAUAUCUGAAUUAAAUAGUAGUCGUAAUAAUAAUAAUAAUAGUAAUAAUAAUGAAGCUAUUAGUAGUCAUUCACGAAUAAUGGUACAAGAACUAUCAUCAAUAAAUGACAAUCGUAUAGUUGAACCAUAUCAGUAUGAAAAAUUAAUUAGUCAACCAAAUCAUGAACUAAUCAGAAAUAAUUAUCAUACUAUAACUAAUGAAGAUAAUUAUUUACCAAAUAAUAAUAUAUCUAAUGUCAAUUGGGUUAAUGCUCCACCUCCAUAUGGAUCUAUUACAAAGGAUUAUUAAAAAUUCGAUGAUUAAAUUGUAUACUACUACUAUUAAUACUACUACUACUACUACUACUACUACUACUACUACUACUACUACUACUACUACUACUACUACUACUACUACUACUACUGAAAACUGUUCAUCAAAUAGAUAUUAUUGUACUUUAACAUGAUUACUUUUUUUGUUGUUGAAUAAAACAAAAUUCUUGUAUUUAUGUACUAUUUUUAACAAAUCAAGGAUCAUCAUCAUCAUCUCCAUCUUGUUGGUAUUUUGUUUGGUAUCAUAUUUAUCCCCGGUAUCUUCUAAUUAUUAUUAUCAUUACUAUUAUUAUUUUUAUUACGAACACAUGUAUUGCCCGGUCUAAUCAACACAUUUUAGAUAAUUUAAUUCUUCAAUUAUAUAAUUAUUACAAUAGAUUUUUCUUCUUCAAAUUUGUAUUUAUUCACUGAUUUAUUAAGAUCUUCAAAUAAUUAUUUAUUGUAGUUUUCAGGAGUCAGUGAAUAGUUAAAACACUUUCACCAUUCACCAUCCAAUAGAAGUUGACAGAAAACUCUUUAAAAAAAACCGGUAGUGUACAUAUCAGUUUGAUUUGGAGGGUUAUCUACUCUGGUUGGGUUGCCCCUUCCAGCCAAACAAGUUGCUGAAGCCUAGUAGGCCCUUCUGAAGAGAAAUAGGUCAUGUCGAAGCAUGGCACAACUACCGGGGCUAGAAUAGCUGUUUCUGCGACCAGUUGAAGUUUGCCCUGUGAGGAGCGACCCCGUACAUUACAUGCAUCACUUUCGUCAAUUUUUUUGUCGUCUUUCCAUCCAAGAGUAAUUGUGCUGCGUUUCUUUGUGGAGUUCGUAAUCGAUUUGAGGGUGUCGGUGGAUUGGGUGAUUAGGCCGAUCUCUAUCGCCCGGGUUACCGCACACGUUAGUUCAUUGAUCAUCCUUCCCACUAUCCAGGAGGCAUGACGCGGACGUAUGAGUCGGAUUUUGCCUUCCAUCUACUCUGGUACUAAAUUUGAUACUACCCCAGAAGUCUCUAUGCUUAUUGGUCAGAUGUAAUACUAAAAUGACGUACGUUUUUCUGUAAACAAACUGAUCUUGGAGUAAAGCUUUUAUUCUUA